GUUAAGUUGCGUUAAGUUGCGCUAAGUUGCGUUAAGUUGCGUUGGGUUGCGUUAAGUUGCGCUAAGUUGCGUUCAGUUGCGUUGGGUUGCAUGCAGUUGCGUUAAGUUGCAUAUAGUUGCGUUGAGUCUCGUGUGGUUACGGUAACGAAAAAAAUAACCGCAUUACGCGCGAAAACAAAUCGUGCCAUAUCUAUUGCUGCACUGCUGCCAUACAAGAAUUUCGAUCUCUCUGCACUUUUAUAUAAAAACAAUAACUAAAAACAUAUACACGGUUAAUUGUCCUGCUGCAAGCGUGCUACGAUGUUUGCGUGCCCGCCGUGCAGACGGAGGAUUAGGCUCAUGAUCAGUGUCUGCCUACGGCCAACGCGCAGCUGGUGUUUAGCGCUGCUGUUGCAGCUGCACUUGUCUGCGGGAUGUUCUCCAGGCUCGCCAUCAACCAACUUAAACGACAUGGUGGCGGAGGCGAUGCUGAACAACCGCCAAGACGACCGCAUCAUCCUGACGCGGCUGCCGACGACACACGACGUGACGGACAGCGUGGUGUACCGGCCACGAUUAGGAGAGGACGCGGCGUUCAGCUGCAGCGUACCAGCCGGCAUCGACUGGCGCAGUGUGUCCUGGCUGCACCAGGACCGCACCGCACCAUCUUCUCGGCGGGCGAACCGGUGGCGCUGCCCGUGGAAGACACCACGGGACAGGCCUACAACUUCAGCCACGUCAAUCACACCCUCUUCCUUCAGGUUCUCAAUGUCAGCAUGCGCUCCGGCGGGUCCGUGCAGUGCAUCGCCGCUUGUUCCCCGCUACACGCCAUACACCCGCGUCCUGCAGCGCUUCGUUCUCCUGCCGCUGAUCACGCGCCACAGCGACGUCUUCGCUCCCGCCACUCCGUACGUGACCGCCACGGAGGGCGAGCGCGUCACGGUGCUGUGCAGUAUCCGGCUGCCCCUCCCGGAAAGCAUCUACAUGGGCCUGCACAACCACUUGAUGUGGCGCCACAACGGCCACAUCGUCCAAGGUCCUCCGGAGGCGCCGUACGGGCCUCUAAUGCCCACCUGGGGCCUGGCCCAGUGGAGACCGCGUGAUGCCAAGACGGAAGGCACAGAUCCCCCCAACAGCCCGGGACAGCUGCUUGGCUUCGCGGGCCACAUUAAGGCCGUCACACUAGCCGACCAAGGACAUAUCCAGUGCUUGUUCCGGCCGCAUCAGGGCAUACAUGAAUGGGUAGUCCAGACGACGACACUGUUGGUUUUUGCCAAGAAUAUCACGCAGUAUCUGUAGCUAGCGACAUUAUGACCGACGCCUUUUGGGCAGCGCCCCUAAUUAAUUUUCUGUAUCGUUCAUGACAGCAUUGUUUUGCAAUAAAUUUAUUGAAAUGCGUAUGUGGUACGUACAAUAAAAAUAUAA